AUGUUAUACACUAAUGUCACAAGGAUAAAAGAUUUUUUCAUCCUCGGAUUUCCUGGACUUUUGCCGGAGUAUUAUGGACCCGUGUCAGCGCUGCUUUUUCUACUCUACAUGGCUAUAGCUGUAGGAAAUAUUUUCAUUUUAGUGUUUGUUAAAUGUGAAAGGUCCCUCCACAAACCCUCAUAUCUCAUCUUUUGCCAUUUGGCGUUAAGUGACUUAGUGUUUGGGACUGUUACUCUGCCAAAGAUUAUAUCAAAAUACUGGCUCAACGACAGCAUCAUCUCAUUUUACGGCUGCUUUGCACAAAUGUAUUUUGUUCAUUUUGUAGGGGCGACUCACUCUUUCAUUCUGAUGGUGAUGGCUCUCGAUCGCUUUAUUGCGAUUUGUGCUCCACUGCGUUACACAUCGCUUUUCACAAACACCACAGUUUCUGUGCUUUGUGGAAUAUCGUGGUUCAUGCCACUAUCCUGGAUGGUGGGUAUAGUCUUAGAUGCUCUUACUCUACCUUUUUGUAAUUCUAACAUAAUUGUACAGUGCUAUUGUGACCACAUAUCAAUAGCAAAACUUGGAUGCAUGAAUGUACGAGAAGUGGAGCUUGUUGCAUUUAGUCUUGCCAUGUUCAGCUUGAUGGUGCCUCUGGGUUUCAUAAUCUUCUCUUAUUUUGUCAUCAUUGUUGCUGUUAUGAGAAUUUCCGCAUCUGAACAACGUCUUCGGACGCUGUCUACCUGCACACCGCAACUUCUUAUCACAUUUCUCUUUUACAUGCCGAGAUGCUUUGUAUACCUGGCAAACAUAGUGGGGUACACAUUCAGCGUUCCGGUUCGGAUUGUCGUUGUAAUGCUCUACAGUCUUUUGCCUGCCGCUGUCAACCCAGCAAUAUACUGUUUCAAGACCAAGGACAUCAAAGAAAAUUUGAAAAGAAAAUUUCUUAGUAUGCAAAAAUAACAUUGUGGCAAAUCUUGCAAAAAUACUGAAUAUAAAUGUGCAAAAAAUAAUAUGCAAUGUGCACUGGAUGAAAGUUUUUGCUUGAUGAUACUGCAUCGCUCCAUUUAUAAAAAACAACA